UAGCUUUCAAAAUUUUCUCACUUGUGAAAAAAAAUUUUUUUUUGAAAAGUUCACUCUAUGCCUUUGGUUAUCCAUUGAGAACUUCUGUGCCUAUUUCCUUUAAGAUAAAAUCAUAAGUGGCACUUUCAGUAUGCUAAAAUGUAAUUUUCGUAGUUCGGGCAGUUUUAAUUCUUCAGUUCAAACAAGAGACGUCUUCUCCAUAAUUUGGAGAAUUUCCAGACAUAAUUUAAGGAAGUUGUUUUCUGAAGCUAAGGAGAUGGACGUGCAAGAAAGUACCAGAUGUGUGAUUGCAGUGGCUCAAAUGACCUGCACAUCAAACAAGGAGAAGAACUUUGAACAACUCACUGGCUUGGUAAACCAAGCUGUGCAACAAAAAGCUAAGAUGAUAUUCCUGCCUGAAGGGUGUGACUACAUUGCAAGCACAAGGAAGGAGUCUUUGGAAAUGGCAGAGGAACUAACAGGUUCUUUUGUUUCUAGAAUACAAGAACUUGCAAGAGAGAAGAAGGUUUGGCUCUCUCUUGGAGGUGUGCAUCUUAAAAGUUCGUGUGAAGAUGAACCUCGUCUGAGCAACACCCACCUCAUAGUGAGCUGUGAUGGAUCCCUGCGCGGCAGCUAUGCUAAGACGCAUCUCUUCUCCAACAACAUUCCUGGCCUGGCCAUCAAUGAAGCAGAUUAUGUGAAGCCUGGUGAUGAGCUAUCUGCCCCUGUUGUCACGCCUGCUGGCAAUGUUGGGCUUGCCAUUUGCUACGACGUAAGGUUCCCUGAGCUGAGCCAGGCGUUGAGGCGGCUGGGGGCGCACGUGCUGACCUUCCCUUCAGCCUUCACGGUGGCAACUGGCAGGGCGCACUGGCACGUCCUGCUGAGGGCGCGGGCCAUCGAGUGCCAGAGCUUCGUGGUGGCGGCAGCGCAGUGUGGGCAGCACAACGACAGACGCUCCUCCUACGGGCACUCGCUGGUGAUCAACCCGUGGGGGGAGGUGCUGUGCGAGGUGGCGGAAGGAGUUGGAGUCGCCACGGCAGAAAUCAACCUGCAGGAGCUGACGAAGGUGCGCGGGGAGAUGCCCUGCCUGCUGCACUCACGGCAGGACCUGGCGGGCGUUGCCCUCGCUCCUCAUCUGCAGUCGCCGCGCUUAUGUCACCUGGAGCGCCACCUGCCCCCGCAAUGCAGCCUCCAGUUCGGCCACGUGCAAGUCUCCGGCGAGGGCGUCUUCUUGAGGAGCGGCCUGAGCUUCUCCUGCAGUAACCUGUACCCCCGCCUGCCUGGUCACAGCCUAGUGUGUCCGGUGCGCGUGGUGGGUCGCCUGGCGCAGCUGACGGCGGGGGAGGUGAGCGACCUGGCGCAGCUGACGGUCAUGACGCAUCGCCUGCUGUGCGCCGCGCACAACGUCAUGCAUAACGAGGUCGCCAUUCAGGACGGACCGCUCUCCGGCCAGACCGUUGAGCAGCACGUACACGUACACCUGCUACCUUCUCCCGCGGGUGCGGGCAGCCUACUGAGCCCUGAUGUGCCCAGCGUCAGCCAGACGCCAGAGGCGCAUCGGCGCUCGCCUGAGCAGCACCGCGCCGCCAUGGCGUGCGCUGCUGCCGAGCUGCGCGCCGUCUCUGCGUCAUCACCUGCCGUCAUCUACGGCGCACACGACGCUUCUUUUCAUAUACCGCAAGACCUGGCUCUCAACGACGACUGCCGCGCAGACGGCGACAACGCCUGCUUGAGCAGCCGCCACUGCGUCGUCUACUGCGUCGCCGGCGCCUGGCAGCGGCUGCACCUGGUGGUGCUCCUGCGUAGACGCGUGUCGUCGCUGAGCGAGGUCCUCCCCUCCGAGGCCUCUAGCCUUCUGGGGGCGUGUCACCUGCUGCAGCAGCGCGUCCUGCAGCACCUCACUCCUCACGCCUCCACCUCCUUCAUCUUCAGACCUCCUAAUCAAGAUUUCCAGAGUGUACACGUGCACGUUCUGCCGUGGCUGGUGGAGCGACAGCCCAGCGAUGGCGUGUACACGUUUGUGAGCUCCUACAGCGUCGCCGUCACCCAGAAGGAGCGCCUUCUAGCCGCUGCCCUACAACGCGUCCUGCAAGACGACAGUUCUCUCGACCCCCUGCGCGCCCUGCUUGGCCUCCCGACAGACUAAACACUCUGGGUCUUAUUCUCUCGCGUUUUGUUCGUAUGUUCCCCCAUCUCGCUUCGGGUAUCGUGGAUAAAUUCAGCACUUCAAGUGCAGGAUGAGGGAAACCAGGCGUGGAGCUUCUCAGAUGUAGAACGUCAAGAAAUAACUAUCUCGUUUCCCGAUUAUAUAUUUCUGUGAUUCAACAACAUGAAAAUUUUACAAAUUCAGGUUAUUGUUGCUGUCUCCAGGUGUUUUAUAUACUAUCCAUGCAAUAGUUAUUCAUAAUUUUUGUUUUCCAAGGACAUUGGUUGACAGUCCCAUCUCUUCUGAACCAGGAAGCUCAAACUAAAACGUCUUCCUGAGAGAAAAGCUUAUUCCAGGUACCGGUAGGAAAUAAAAUUCCUGCAUUAUGUUUGUCAUCUGAUCCUGUUGUGGCUCUAACAGCUUAAAUAAUCCUGAAAUAUGUGAAAAAUAAACAUGUUGACUUGU